UCUUGCUUGGCGAAUCUCCUGCUAGACUUGGACCGAUUAAGCCUAGUCAAGAUUGUAUAGAUACUCAUGUCGGUGGAGGAGAUGCCAAAGGAAAAACUAUAAAUAUACCUUGGCCCCGUUCUGGAAUGUGCGAUAGCGAUUACAUAUAUGCUUUCAACAAAGUCGUGAUGCCAAUUGCAUUCGAAUUUGACCCCGAUAUUGUAAUUGUAUCCGCGGGAUUUGACGCGGCGGAGGGUGAUCCGAUCGGUGAAAAUCACGUGUCUCCAGUUGCAUAUGGACACAUGACUCAUAUGCUAAAAGGUUUGGCUGAUGGGAAACUGGUGCUUGCCUUAGAGGGUGGCUACAACUUAGAAUCUAUAUCGAAGUCAGCUCUUGCAUGUGUCAAAGUCUUGCUUGGCGAAUCUCCUGCUAGACUUGGACCGAUUAAGCCUAGUCAAGAUUGUAUAGAAACCAUUCACCAAGUAAUCCGCGUGCAGUCUCGAUAUUGGUCAUGCCUCGCACCAGAGUACGUCGAUGCCUCAGAAGAUAAAACUCCGGGGAAAUUUGUGGUUGGCAUGAUUGAUAUAUUAAAGACAUAUCGAACACGAUUAUUAUAUAAGGAGCACAAAAUGGUACCCGUGCCAUUACCCGCUGAUCGUUUGAUUAGUCGGUUCGCGGAUUUAUCUUACUGCAGUAAUAACUUACAUUCUAAAAGCGUUAUAGUCUUCUUCGUACACGAUAUGUCGGAAUUUAGAGCUGAUGCCAAUGCUUCGACGAACACAAUUAAUGUCUCGGAGUCAUACAUGAUUGAUACAGUGUAUCAUUAUCUCGAAACCAUCGUGAGCAAGGAUUAUGGAAUUAUUGAUAUGGAUGUUCCUCCGGCCAGUAACAAUUCACAGAGAAACGAUACCCAAGAUUUAAAAGAUUUGUUGAUAUAUCUAUGGGAUAAUUAUGUAGAGUCUGCAAAUCCAUCCAAAGUAGUUAUGAUUGGAGCAGGUCGAGGGUGCAAGAGUUUAGUUGACCUAAUUAGUGAACGAGACACUCUAGUUAUGCGUAGAGUGGCCUGUUCCAUCAUGAUACCGGGAACAAAUCCUGUUCCAUCUAUAAACAAGAGGGUAGACCUAUUAAAUUGGUAUACGGAGAAUUCUUUUGUAAUUUUACCGGAAAAUCAUUCUUACUGGGAAAAAAAGCCAAAAAAAGAAUGCGGAAAAUGCAUUCGUACGCCAGGACUUGUUAAUAUGCCAGUUCAGGAUAUGCUUGUUCACCUACACCUGAAAAUAUUCCAGCACAUUCAACAAAGAUUGGACAGUUUUGUCCCUAUAGCAGAAUCAUCAACGUCUGGACGUCGUUAG